AUGAAUGAUGAUGAACGAAAGGCGUUAGCUGAAGCUCGUGGUCGUGUUGCUAAUCUUCGUGCAAUGUUUAAUAAAGGCGGAGUACAAAGUACAGAACCACCAGCUUGGAAACGUCGAGUCCCAUCUUCUCAAUCUGUGAAAGUGUUUAAACUUGAGGAUGAAGAGAAGAAGAAGAAGGAGAAGGAACAGAAGGAGAAGGAACAGAAGGUUGUGAAUAAUGUCUUGAGGUUUGUACAAGUACAACAACGUGAGUCCGACAACGACGAUCGAAAGACGGAAGACGAGACGAAACAAGAGCUUUAUACUAGAGUCAAAAGCUCCGAAACACUGUUGGAUACAGCGAUACAAGAACGUAAACUACGAGAAGAACAAGAACGUCGUGUGACACAGGAAUUUCGUCAUGCCAUGGCUAAAAAAUCAUCUUAUAAUCUAGAAAAUGAUCAUGCUUACAACCAUUUGAUCAAGCAAAAAGAAGAUGAACGGGUGGCAGAGCAAAAGGCGAAAGAAUCGCUGGCACAAUAUACGAACAAUGGACAGACAUUUGAAGCGAAAAAACGAAGGGAACAGCGACAUGUUGAGGAAAUGGCGCGCAAGAAGGAAAAGGAUACGAAGAAUCUUUACGCUAUGACGACAUACUCUACUGAAUAUGAUCAGUCGUAUGCUCACUAUCACAAACAGCGUGAAACAACUACGAAAGCAGAGCUGGAAGCACAGGAAGGACUUGGAAAGUUUGUAGGAGGUAAAACAUACUUUGAAGAGCAGCUUGAUGAGAAGAAGCGUCUGCAGCAACUGGAUCGAAAGAAAGAGCAACAUGCGAAGGAAGCAAAGAGCAAUUUUUCAUCGCCUGAUUUCGAUCAUGCUUACGUCUAUGCGAAAGAGGUUGCACAGGUAGAGAAAGAGGCCGAGGAAAAGGCCAAGGCGGCGCUUUCAAAGUACGACCAGCAUGACGUUUCGCACGAAUAUGUCAUGAAGAAUGGCAUGAUGGUGCUCAAGCGCGCUGACAGUACUGGAACUUCGGAAGCCAAGCGCUAUCCAUUCACAGAUCCUGCUGCCCGGGUCAAGAAAUCGAGUCCUCAGGCUAUGAAGGCACUGGCAAAAUUCCAAGCACAACUUGCCGAAACCCGUGCACGAGAGGAACACAAAGAACAGAGAGCAUCUGAUGAAGAUUCACGCAAGGCGUCGUGGGAGUCCACUCGCAAAAUGUCUAUGGAAUCUGUUGAAUCAAUGGAGCCUGUGCGUCAACAGCCUGGUGAAGUCGAUAUUGAGCAAAUCAAGGCAUCUGUCGACGAAGCCAAUCUUGACGUUCGCUCCGCGGCCCAGAAGUUUGCGGAGAUGGAUCGUAAAGCUGCUGAAUUGGCCAAGCAGAAUAAGAAACCAUUGACAUUCAAUGGUCUAUCCUACGGACACACCGGACAAGCUUUUCGUACAAAAGAGAAAGAGCGGAAGGAGGUCAAACACAAAAAUAAGAUGGCUACACGGAUUCAGUCCCGUGUGCGUGGUUUAAUUGCUCGCAAAGCAUAUAGCGAUAAAGUCAGUGCUGCCGAGAAAAUUGCAAUUUUUAUCCAGACUCAGUUCCGGCGUCAUCAAGCCCAGAAGCAUGUUGCUGGUCUUCGUCAGCGACUGCAGCACGAAGUGUCAUGCGCAGUUGCGAUUCAGAAGAUUGUACGUGGUCGUUUUCAGUGGAAUCGCUAUCAGACGAAAGUUGCAGUCCGAAAAGCUGCAGUUGUUUUGCUCCAGUCUUUCAUUCGUUCCAGGCAAGCUCAGACUGCUUACGCUAAGCAGAUUAAGGCAGUCCAUGAUAUUCAAGAGUUUGCGGCUCGAAUGGUGGCAUGUCGACACGCAAGGAACGAGAUUGCUUGUCUCCGGACAGAGCGCGAUGCAGCCACAGCUGCCGCUGCUGAAAAGGCUGCUGCUGAGGAGGAUGCUCGUGAAGCUGAGGCUGCUGCUGGAGGCUGCCGCUGCUGA